CAGCUUGGCCGCGCCUCGCAUUUUACGGCCACACAAAUCACCGCGGGACGCCGUCGACGCGUCCUCGCAGUUCUCCAGUAGCGCCCGGAGCCCCAGCGCGCUGCGCGGCACGGAUAAAGCCGCGCCCGCCGAGCUCAAGGCCGCACCGAGCACGAUGUCGACGCAGCCCUGGGUCGAGAAGUACCGCCCCCAGCUUUUGAAGGAUGUCGUCGGCAACGAGGAGACGGUGGCCAAGCUCCAGGCCGUCGUGAACGGCGGAAAUAUGCCGAAUAUUAUCCUGUCGGGCCCGCCGGGCACCGGUAAAACGACGACGAUGCUCUGUCUGGCCCGCCAGUUGCUGGGCCCGCUCGCGAAGGACGCGGUCAUGGAGCUCAACGCGAGUGAUGAAAGGGGCAUCGCCGUCGUGCGCGACAAGAUCAAGAUGUUCGCCAAAAAACGCGUCAAUUUACCAGCCGGGCAACAUAAAUUAGUUAUUCUCGAUGAGGCCGACUCCAUGACGGCCGCCGCGCAACAAGCGAUGAGAAGGACGAUGGAGCUGUUUUCUUCCACUACUCGCUUCGCGCUCGCUUGCAACACCUCGAACAAAAUAACGGAGCCGAUUCAAUCCAGGUGUGCUAUUUUGCGCUUUACUAGGUUGUCCGACGAACAGUUGUUGAGGAGAUUACAGUACGUCUGCAAGGAGGAGGGCGUGUCCUACGAACCGGAGGGCUUGGAGGCGCUCAUCUUCACGGCCGAGGGCGACAUGCGCAACGCUCUCAAUAACUUACAGUCUACUCAUAGCGGUUUCUCGGUCGUGAACCAGGACACGGUGUUCAAGGUGUGCGACCAGCCGCAUCCCCACAUCGCGCGCGGCAUCCUCGAGGCGUGUCUGGAGGGGCGAUUAGAUGACGCCCUAGCGGGGUUGCGCGGACUGUCUGAGUCAGGAUACGCUCCGGUAGAUAUCGUCGGCACCUUAUUCAAGGUCGUCAAGUCGCACAAGAUGCCCGAGGCGCGCCAGUUGGAAGUGAUAAAGGAGGUCGGCUUCUGCCAUACUCGUAUUGCUGAUGGCUGCGCGUCGCUCGUGCAGCUGACGGGCAUGGUCGCGCGGCUCUGCCAGCUGGCCGAGGAGAAGUGAGUGGGGUGUGCGUAAGAGAACUAGCUU